AUGUUCUUCAAACAACCUCACGAGGCUUCGAAUCUCAUGGCCCAAACAAAAUCCUUAAACCCUGGCGCCCAAGAAUGGCGGCCACCGAGCUCCAAAACCCCCAAAGCAACCCCUCUCAAGGCCCACCAGCUCCUCCCCCACAUCAUCUUCGGCUCCGUUUCUCCUCCGCCGCAGACGGCGGCUCCUGCGCUGGUUCAACUCGCUCCGCCGCCGGCUCCUGCGCUGGUUCCACUCGCGCCGCCGCCGCUGGAGAUGGCGGCAUACCACUACUCGAUCCCUUUUCCGGCGGGAUAUCAGGGUUUCGCCCUUCACGGCCCAUGCAUAACACAGCCGCGUCCGCCCGUCUACAGCUGUUACCCUCCGCCGUGCGGGUAUCCAUUCCCGGCGGAGGAGGCGCCGGUGUUCGUCGUGGAGGAAAAACGUGAAGGCCCGACUCGCGGGUUUUGGGGCCCGAGGCUGAAAGGCCCGAAAAAAUUUCCAGUGGCCGCGUGGAGAAAGGGUGCUCCCCCUCGAUUGAGGAGGGCAAUACGGUCAUUUCCCUCCGAAAAGAAGAAGCCGCCGUCCGUCCAGAGAUGGAGGCCCAAGGAAUCGGGCUCCGGUAACGUCGGCGCUGUCUCCGGCGGCGCUCCGGCGGCGUUUGCCCGUAACCCGACUGGUGAAAAGUUUUCACCUUGGAAAACCACGGUCAUGAUAAAAAACAUCCCAAAUCAAUUGAGGAGAAGCUUUAUGCUUGAGUUUCUUGAUGGCUGGUGCAAAACAUACUCACUGGAGUAUGACUUCCUGUAUCUGCCCAUGGAUUUUAAAAAGGAGGACAAUUUGGGGUAUGCCUUCGUGAACUUCACCACUGCUGAUGCUGCCCACAGAUUCAAGAAGAUUCUGCAAAAGUACAAAUGGAACAUUAACAAAACUAUUAAUUCCCAGAAAAUAUGUGAAAUCACUUGGGCUAGGAUCCAGGGAAAGGAAAGACUGAUGCAGAGGUUUGAAGAUACCCCUUUUGCUUGUUGCCGAGAGGAUUUCUUGCCGGUGCUGCUUGACCCGCCUAGAAACGGGUCGGAUCCCAACCCUUCUCUGCCGGUGGUUGUUGGUGUAGUGAGUGAUUUGAGAGGUUUGUGUUUUCAUAGUCUCCCCGGAAUUUUCUUUUGGUGGUUAAAAGCUGGGGUGAAAUGGAAACACAACAGCUUUGUAUGGUGGGGAUAUGAGAAGAUUUUUACAGAGGAUUAUGGCGAUGGUCAAAAGAGGAUGAAGAGGAAAAAGAAAGGAAUUUGUUCUCGUUUUUGUACAUCAAUCCUUUCGGAAACCAUCAAGCGCACCACGCCGAGGGCUUUUUCGAAGAUAGCUAUCACGAUUGGCGGCAUCCAGUCUCAGGUCACGGGGACUUUGACGAGCAACGGCGUUGCGAUCUACGACGAGAGUCUGAGGGCGAGUCGCGCUGGGAGACCGAAUUUUCGGGUAGAAAUCCUAGAGUUCUCUAGCGGGCUUGAUGCGGCCAAAUUCCUCAAUUGGUGGGCCACCCUUAAAUGCGUGCUCGCGUUUAAGGAUGUCCCGGAUGAUCGACGAGUCGCGCUCGUCGCAAAGCGGCUUCUUUCUCAGCAAUUCCAGAAUUUGAGGCAAGGGCAGCGUUCGGUUGAUGAUGACAUGGAGGAGUUUAAUCGACUCCUCACGCGUGUGGAUGUCCAUUGUCGACCAAAUCGUUUCGCGGUAUGUGGGGCGGGCCAGUCCUUUAUUUCUUUGUCACGAGCUGGCGCGACGAUCGGUGGUAAAGGCACAGGCAUGCAGUCCGGGAGCGCAGCGACUGGCGCGGGUUUCGCACCGCGGGCUGGGAGCGCGACAGCGCCCAGCAGAGGUGUUCAACGCGCGGCGGAGGCCGAGACUGGGGGUCAUGUUGCAACGACAUAA